GUUUAUAUUAUAACGAUGAAACUGACAUUUUUUUUCUACACUAAUAACGAAAAUCUAUUAUUAGAAAUGCGUCUGUUUCUAAAUCGGUGAAUCACACGCUUUGCUUUCUUCCGAGUAGUCAAUGCAUGCAAUGGAGAGAUUUCAAUGGACCAUUUUUAGAGAGGGAGGAGACAAGAAGAGAGAGAGAGAGUGAGGCUCUUUAUUAUAACAUCAAUAUGGAUCAAAGACAGAUACAAUGCAUGAGUUGUCGCUGUGAUUGUGGAGAGUUUGCAAACAAAGAAGAAACAAGAUUGCAACAUUUUCAAGCAAAGAAGAAGGAGAGAAGAAGAAGAGCCAAAAAGGGAAGAACAUAAAAAAAAAAAAAAGCUUAUUGUCAGUUUAUUCUUUGCAAACGUGCGGUCUAAGUAACACAUGUCGAAUUACGGAGUGAAAGAGCUCACAUGGGAAAAUGGGCAAUUAACCGUUCAUGGUCUAGGCGAAGAAGUCGAACCAACCACCUCGAAUGACCCUAUAUGGUCCCAAAGUCUCAAUGGGUUUGAGACUUUGGAGUCUGUGGUUCAUCAAGCGGCUCUACAGCAGCCAAGCAAGCUGCAGCUGCAGAGUCCAAAUGGUCCAAACCACAAUUACGAGAGCAAAGACGGAUCUUGUUCAAGAAAACGCGGUUAUCCCCAAGAAAUGGACCGUUGGUUUGCUGUUCAAGAAGAAAGCCAUAGAGUUGGUCACAGCGUGACUGCAAGUGCGAGUGGUACCAAUAUAUCUUGGGCGUCUUUUGAAUCUGGUCGGAGUUUGAAGACAGCUAGAACCAGCGACAGAGACUACGUCCGCUCUGGAUCGGAAACUCAAGAUACUGAAGGAGAUGAACAAGAGACAAGAGGAGACGCAGGGAGAUCUAAUGGACGAAGGGGACGAGCAGCAGCUAUUCACAACGAAUCUGAAAGGAGACGGCGUGAUAGGAUAAACCAGAGGAUGAGAACACUUCAGAAGCUGCUUCCUACUGCAAGUAAGGCGGAUAAAGUAUCAAUCUUGGAUGACGUAAUCGAACACCUGAAACAGCUACAAGCACAAGUUCAGUUUAUGAGCCUAAGAGCCAAUUUGCCACAACAGAUGAUGAUUCCACAACUACCUCCACCACAAUCAGUUCUCAGCAUCCAACAGCAACAGCAACAGCAGCAACAACAACAACAACAACAACAGCAACAGUUCCAGAUGUCGUUGCUUGCAACAAUGGCACGAAUGGGAAUGGGAGGCGGUGGAAAUUCUUACGGAGGUUUAGUUCCUCCUCCUCCUCCUCCUCCUCCACCAUUGAUGGUCCCUACUAUGGCUAACAGAGACUGCACCAACGGUUCUUCAACCGGUUUAACUGAUCCUUACAGCGCCUUUUUCGCACAGACAAUGAAUAUGGAUCUCUACAAUAAAAUGGCUGCAGCGAUCUAUAGACAACAGUCUGAUCAGACUACAAAGGUAAAUACCGGCAUGCCUUCAAGUUCUUUGAAUCACGAGAAAAGAGAUUAGUCUAGCUAUAUACUUCUUGUAAGAUUUGUUGUAUCGUGAUUGUAAAAAACUGUUUUGAGUAUGCAGAAAAAAAGACUUGCAAAAAUAUAAACUUGAAAGCUUUACAACUU